AUGCAGGCGGUCAAGUUGAACGCAUCAGAAGGCGUUGAUCCGGGCAAGACUUACAGCUUGGCUGCACAUUACUACUCAAAGUCUGUUUUGGGCUUGAGAAACGCCCUUGAGAAGUUUGACCAAGAACCCAGUGCCCGGCAUCGCAUCUUGUGGACUACCCACCUGCUUGGUCUGUUUGAGCUCAUGACUGAUGAAACCGGCGAAGGAUGGAUACAGCACUUGGUCCACGGUACUUCCAAAGCACUUGUCGCUGCAGGUCCGACAUCAUGCAAAUCAGGCCAUGGACAACGCUUUUUCACCGAAAUACGAAUCUUUGAAGUCUGUCGGGCCAUAAUAUUCAACGAGCCGACAUUUCUUGCGACAGCAGAUUGGAGGUGUCUCACGCGCGAGAUGAGGGUCAAAGAUCAAGACAAUAGUGACUCGUUGGAUGAACUUUUGGACAUCAUCGUCUCAUGCUCGACUCUUCGUGUUCGGGCGAUAAACCUUAUCUACCACUCGGACACAGAUGCCGUUGAUCUCGACGAAGCUUUUGAUGUUGCUCAAGAAGGAUUUCGCCUAAGACAAGCUCUCAUCGACUGGGAAGCGAAGGAUCAGCCUCCAAAACAACAGACUGCCGAGAAUGCAAGUGGAAACUUCGCAUACUUGACCAAAACAUUCUUCGCUGCUACAAGCAUCUACCUCUCCGGAGUCUUCGACUACGAAAUUCCAUAUUGGCAGGACAAGGGUAUCGUGGCACCCAACUUGAGCGAAGAAGAGAUACAAAUGCAUGUCGUCAACAUAUUGACGCAUACGAAUACUGUUCUGUAUAAUUCUUCCAUCUCUCCGUUAUUGGUACUUUUUCCACUGCGAGUUGCGGGUGCACGGUCCUGGCAGGGUUGGCAGCAGGAUUGUAUCAUGCAGAAUCUAAUGGUGGUUGAGAGGACGUUUCCUGUUGCAGCAGCUUUUAGGGCUGACUUGAUGGGUGUAUGGGCUCGGAUGAGUCCGCCGGCAUACUCAGAUUCUCCUCUAUCUACUUGA